AAUGGCCACUGUGACCAGAGACAAUAUUCGUAAUCUGGCAAAUUCUGCUUUUCGUUUGUAGGUUAUGUUUAGUGGUGAAUUGUCAAAUUUAGUGUUAAAUAUUUUCCUGGAAACCUUAUAGAUAUGGAGUGGACUAAACCCAAACGUUUUACUUAUUAGUAAUCGUGCGAUUUUGAACCUCAUUGGAUUGGAUGUGAAAUUGUAAUUGUUUCGUCAUAAUGGCUGUGUAGACUGCCUUGUCGCUUUGAGAUGUGAUUCCGAAAGUUGAUACACAUUUUUCGAUAGGAAUACUAUCAUCGUAGUGAGCUUACAAUAGUUCAUAUUUAUCACGAAUGAUACCAGUAAACGACUCAGAGUAAACCUCAUAUCAAGAUGACGUCGAGUCAAUCGUCCGUUAUUAAACUUUACAAUACAGUAGUAGAUGACGUUAUAGCCGGAGUACGGGACUGUUUUUUAGAUGACGGUGUGGAUGAGCAAGUGCUGCAGGAAUUAAAACAAUUAUGGAAGACCAAAUUAACCGACAGUGGCGCAUUGGAACAUCCUCCAUUGGAACCGGCGAUGCCACCACCACCAGUGUUACAACAUUUUCAAAAAGCAAAUGGCAGUAAUACGAUCCAAAAACGUAUUCCAGAUGCGCAUAUGGCGCAAAGUUCAAGUCAUCAAAGUUCAGGCUCUGAACAUGGAGCACCAGGCCCCAACUUGGCCGGUACUCAUCCCCACGUUUUAGACCCCAGCAAUAAAGUUCCAGUGCAACUGACUCUUCCGGCGCAGCCUGGUGUCCCAGGCUCGCAACCGCGCUCUUUCACUAUUCAAAUUCCAGCCUCAGCUCUUAACGGCAACAAACUUCAUCAGGUAUUGACUGGGCCCAUAAUCAAUGCCACUAUUAGUUUACCUCAGCCGCUAGCUGCAACUCUACUUCAACAACAUAUCAACUCUGCUCUAGCAGCGCAACAAAAUGAGUUUGAUGGUGGAGGAGGUGGCCGUAGUGGUGCGGCCCCAUUUUCCCUAGAUGGAGCACUGGAUUCUUCAGAUGAUGAAGGCUCAAAUGGAGGUGAGGGCUCAGAUGAUGCAGCAGGGGAUGAUGAUGACGAUGAGGAAUCUGGAGAAGAGCCAGCAGAGGAGGAGGAGGAGGAGCGGGAUGAAGACGGAGGUGCUGAGGAGGAGCCUCUCAACUCGGGCGAUGAUGUAUCUGAUGAAGAGCCUGGUGAUAUGUUUGAUACAGAUAAUGUGGUUGUAUGUCAAUAUGACAAAAUUACUCGCAGUCGCAACAAGUGGAAGUUUUACUUAAAAGACGGGAUAAUGAAUUUAGCUGGUAAAGAUUAUGUCUUUCAAAAAGCCAAUGGAGAUGCAGAGUGGUGAAAUGUUCUCCUACCAAAAAUACAAGUUCUGUGUAUUUUAAUGUGUAAGGUGUCUUAUGACUAUUAUAACAAUUCUUACCAAAUGAAAAUGUUUAACGGCAAAUGGUGAUCAGUAAUAUAGACAGGCUAUUUUGAGUCAAAAGACAACUAGUGUAAUGCAAGUAACAGCUAAAAAUGUCAACCAAAAUAUGUUCCACCAUAUAAUUAUAUCAUGAUAUUAAACAGUUAACAUGUUAGCUCAUAUCAGUGAUGAUUUGUCCGAUUUCCCAAUUAUAACUGUGUCAGUCUAAAAUUAUUUUCCAAGAGGAAAUAUUUCGAAAUAUCACCUACCUAAUAUUUUCAAUAUUUAGUUAAAAAAAUGUUAUUGUUUUAUGAUUCACUCACAAUUGUCACUUGGUAUUUAUUCUAAUUUUAAAAGAUGUUUUAUUGAUAGAAUUUCAAUGUCUAAAAUGCAUAGUCCAGAAAGUGUUAAUUUGAGAUUUUUUUUUAUAAUUCAGGGUAUUGGUUCACAAGUAGUUUAAUAGAAAUACCUUAUCACAUAGAUACUUCAUUUUAAUUUGCUUUAUUAGCUUCACUAAUUAAAUGCCAACUAGUAACAUUUUGAGACUUGUUUGUUUUCUUAUUUGUAACCAGUUAUCAAGAUCACUCUUGUGCCAUAACAAAAAUAUUUAAGAGCUGGAUUUAUAAAAUAUUCAUUUUAUUUAUAGAAAGUAAAGAAGCAUUCUGUGUACAAUUGUUUUGGUUGUUUAGUGACUGUUAGAAUGAAACAGUUUAGUGAAGCUAAUUAGCAUUAAUAAAAAACUACUUUUAGUACAAACAACACAAACUAUGUCAAUGACAAUAUAAUUCCUAAAUCUUAAAAUCAAAAUUGUAAGAAAUAAAACUUAUAGCAUUACAUUUUAAGCACAAGAAAAUCACAAGAAACACUAAAAUAUUUUGCUUGGAAAAACCUUCCUAUUUUUAAACAUGAAGGAAAAAGUAGGUAGUACCUAUUUCUCAUGUGCUAUUGUCAUUGUGUUUCAUAUGACAUCUGUGCAAUCCCGAAAUAACUACUGAUUUUAAUAUUUUUAUGUAAUCAAUUCCAUUGUUCACCAAAAAUUUAGUUAAAAAAGUGAAUAUCAAAUAUGUAUAGUAUACAUUUCAUUUAUGAACAGAUUCAAAUUUCUGUAUACAUCCUUGGCCUUGGCAUAUGAAUUUACACAAGGUAGACUCUUAGCUGAGCCAUGCUUUUGAUGGUCAGUUAAAAAAUGUAAAAAGUCUGCAUUUUACAAAAAUAAAUUACUUUAUACUUAUUACUGUUAGUAACUAAUGUCCGGUGUUAUUAGGUGAUACCUUUCUCUAGUAACACUUUAUUUUCACUUACCUAAGUAAAUUUAAUUAAUUUUAUGUAUUUUAAUUUAAUCUCUAUUGGGAUAUUACAGUUUUGGUUAUAACUAAUCUACUACCUAUUUUAUCAAAGGCAUCAGUGUUUGCUUAGCAUAAAGUUUUUAUCUAUUAUGUAACAAGGUAUCAUAUUGACGUUUUAGUUUAAAAACAUGGUUAACUGUCUGUUCUUCUCACACACGGAUGCCUGACCAAAAUGACAAACAGUUGCGCCAAAGAGAACGAAACGCUAUUGUUUUUGUUGCACUAAUAUACGAGAGUGAUAGAGAGUAUAGUUAACGUAUAAAAUAUAGACGCGAACUAAGUGCCUAAAAUAUGUAUCCACACCCUUAACGUAUAAGGUAUAAGCAAUAAAGUCGUGUAUAGAUAUUUUUGCCACUUUGUUCGCGUCUAUAUUUAAUACCUUGACUGAUUUAGUUCUUACUGACGUAACGAUUGGCAUCUUUGAUAGCCACCCUGAGUCCUGCCGGCGUAUAUAAAUGGAGGUGAGGGCACAGAAGCAUAAUACGGCGGCUGGUCUAAUAUCGUUAUCGUAGCUAUCUUUCUCUGAUACUUUUCCGUAUGGGCGCGACAACGACAGUCAACGUUGUCAUUUUGGCUAGGCCGGCUGAAUGUCUAGCCUCGUGGUGCUCAUUGUACAUUGAAAUGUACAUAAUUAUAAUCAAUUUUCCUACAAACAAAGAAGAGUUUAUUAGCUCUAUAAAGACCUAACAAAUGACAUUAAACCCUAUUCAAUUUAAAUUAUGAUCCAAAUCCCUGGCAAGAAUAUUAUCGUGAGCGGCACGAGGUUAGAGAUUCGUUAAUUAUUUCGUGACUUUCUGCUCUGGGUGCGUAGCCGAAUGGCACAAACGCUCACGAAACGAAACGCUCGUAGAUAUCUAUCUCUAUCGCUCUUGCGUAUUGGCGGAGCCAGACUACCUUUCGCAGCGUUUCGUUUUCGUUUCGCGUCGGAGAAAUGCCAUUCGGCCGCGGCACCUGUGAUCUGAAUUCACGAGUGUCUUAAUCCCGUAAUGUUGUGUUAUCUACGGAAUCGAACACACCUAAGUGGUAACCCACUCACAUGGAGAUGUCAAACCAUAGUUCGAGUUUCUACGAGUCAUAUAAUACUUUUUUGACCUAGGCAAUUUGUAUUGAUCAAGGUCACAAUAGUAUACGUGGACCAUUAAGUUUCGAUCAUGAAUUAUUAUUAUUGUCAUAAAAUGCCAUAAAUUUUAAAUGAUCUUGGAUGGAAAUGUCUAGAGGGCUUACUGUGAACGACAUUUCGUUAUCUACUUCUCUAUAUUGAUCGAAUAUGCGUGAUUAAGAGGCGGACAACACCUUUGGAUUGAUACUUAUUGCAAAAGUUUUAAAAGACAACUGUUUUUUUAAUAUGUAAAAACUAUAUUCAUUGUAUUUCAAAUAAAAUAGAGUUGAGAUUGAUAAUUCAAUGAUAUCAUCAAUUCGAUAGAAAAUAAUUACAAACAAAUAAUUAAAUAAAAAUCUAAAAUAAACUUAAACGAUUUUAUGUUUUUGACUUAUGAGUCUGGAAUAAAAACCACAAUUUCAAAACAUGUAGACCUAAAAUAUUAAUGUUUCAUACUGGACCAUUUACCCUUAGUUUAUUUUCGUAUUACAUAUGUAUUUUCAUGCUCAAUAUCAAUAAAAAGUGAUAGUGCUAUCUCGUUUACUCGGAUACAAAUAAAUAACCGGGUGCACGAUUUAAGUCUGAUGAGCAUCUUAAUAAAGAGACGGAUAACGAAAUUUCCAGAUUUAGGUACUUACUCGUCUAAGCUACAACUUAUAAUUUUACGGAUUACUUAUAAUUUGCCGUUAUGGGCAAGCUCUUGGCCAAUGGCGUCGGGCCUUUCCAGCCGCUAAGUAGUUCAGAUUCAUACAAUUUUAAGUUUUAGCUUUAUACUGGGGUCCAGAAAUGAUAUCUAUUAACAAAUUGUUACAUACCUAAAAGAGAAGGAAUGUGAAAAAAAAACCUUUAGUUUUUUAGCAUAUAUUGUGAUAUGAUCAAUAGUAUCUAAUUUUAUUGUUAAUUUUAAUAGGUGGGUUAAACAAUACCUAUUUUGGAACGUGUUCUCUGUAUGUGUUGUUCUGUUCUAAUAUUGUAUAGGUAGAAAUAAUGCAUCAACUUAGUUCUCAUUUAAGUUUCUUGCGGUUUGUGAUGAUUGAAAUUUUGGACGAAAAUUGUAAUUAUAAUAAAAAUAUGUUACAUUA